AUUAACGGGUUCUUUAGAAACUACUUAAACUACUUUAACUCGAACACAAUUGCUAGCCUUGCGGAAGAGAGUUUGAGAAGAUAGGUGGUUCAAAACAGGAAAUAUCUUCAAAUCUUUUGUUUUUAUUGCAUGGUAAAAGCUUGUAGAGAUAUAUUUUUUGCAUUUGAAAAGAAUUCCUAAAGAAAAGUACAGCAUGCUCAGGCGUCAUGUUUCGUCCAUCGCCGAGGAACCCGAGGAAGAAGAACAAGAGAAAACAAAAAGCAAAGACAAAAUCGCAAGCCUAACUCCUGUCGAAGAGGCAACGACGCCAACCGACGACAAACCGAUUCCUCACCGAAGUUCAACCAAGAGUUCGGAGUUAACGAUUUUAACCGAAAACACGCUCGAUGAAUCAGGAAGCGAGCAGUUGUCAGCUGAUGAAGAAGAAGACGUGUUUGACGAACUCAACGAAAGCGCGAACAGACCGGCUAAAAGGAAUGGGCUCCAAUUUGAAAAGCGAAGGGAUACCGCGUCACCUGCAUCACCCAGUCCUGAAUCUGGGAAAAAUGAUGUUGAUCUAACAGAAGACCAGGUACGUGAAAUAAAGGAAGCGUUUCUGGUAUUCGAUGACAAUGGCGAUGGUUGUAUCAGUGCUACAGAACUAAAGAAACUAGUGACGUCACUGGGAUAUAAUAUCACUGAAGCAGAGCUGAUGGACAUGAUGAACCAAAUAGAUUCAGAUGGGAAUGGAGCUAUUGACUUUCCCGAGUUUCUAACCCUGAUGUCCCGAAACCUCCAAGAUACCGAUCCCGAAGACAUUAUGAUGGAAUCGUUCAAAGUAUUUGACAGGGAUAACAAUGGUAGUAUAGGUGCAGACGAGCUGCAGAGAGUAAUGAGGCUACUUGGUCAGGACUUUAGGGAUCAUGAGAUUGAAUCAAUGAUUAAAGGAGCAGAUUUUGAUAACGAUGGAAAAGUUGGGUACGAGGAUUUUCAAAGGAUGAUGAAUACUUAAUCGAUAAAUACUCGACUACCAACGAAGAACUAAUCGUUAUCUACUCGGCCAAGAC